AUGGGCAAACCAUCCACGCCUCAUUAUGCCCGUACCGGUACCCGUUCUUCAGCUGCUGCAAAGCAACAGUCCUCUUUGAGCCCUAAGGUCUUGGUUCGGCAGCUGCAGCGCAUUGUAAAGGGCGCACCACUCUCAACAAUCGCAGGCGCUGCAAUGCAGACGAUGCCUAUUGUGAAUGUCUCUGAUCCAACCCCUGAUGCCCCCGUCAACGACAUGACCUCUGAUAUCGACAGCAGAAGCUUCUUGAUCUCAACGGCUCCUGUUCAUGACCUUGUCCCCGACAACAUUACGUAUUUUGAGGAUGCAUAUACACACCUCCGGAGUUUCAAGCCCAAGGUUGCCACUGUUGUUCCCCACCCCAACGCCAACUUCAAAGCACCACCAGCACCACCAGCGCCACCAGCACUAGCGGUACUAAUGCCAACGCCAACGUCUGCGGCUCCAACAGCAUCACGAACACGCGCACGCCAGUUCCCACCUCCAGGAGCAUGUGCACCAAGUGUGGGUGUGAUGGCCGGAAUCCUGUCGACCACCUUGACCAUCUUGCCAGGUCUUUGGGACUAA